AGUCGUGGUUUUAUUUCUCUAUGAGCCUUUUGUCUUUUCCUUUUCCAUUAGCUGUGGCAGCUGCUCUUCAUGGAACAUUCAGCGCUCCUCUCCGCCCCCACCAUCACAGAUGCGCUCCACAGCCGCUCAGGGGUCCAGGCAGCAGUUGGUGAUCCUGCCCCUGGGACAGCGGGAACGGUAGCGUCCGUGGAGACGUUAUCAGACUGCACAGAGCCUGUGCUCCUCACUCAAAACAGCCAGCAGCGUAACUCUAGACUGGAUCAGGGACAGGCUGUGGAGGGGAUUGUCCAGCAGUUCCUGGCUGGUCUGUUUUCCAAUUCUGACAGUGCAGGUUCCCAAACCUCCUCAUGGUCUAGCAUGCUGCACUCGAACCCUGGAGAUUAUGCUUGGAGACAAGGAGGUCUAGAUGUGGUCAUCACACAGUUGCUUGGUCAGUCUGAAAAUACCGGCCCCCCUCCUGCUGAGAAGGAGAUGAUCUCAUCUCUCCCCACCAUUAGCAUCUCCUCAGAACAGGCUGCAUGCCAGCUGGAAUGCCCUGUGUGUAGAGAGGAGUACUCUGAAGGGGAAUCUGUCCGACAGCUGCCCUGUCUGCACUAUUUUCACAGCAACUGUAUUGUACCCUGGCUACAACUGCACGACACCUGCCCUGUCUGCCGGGAAAGUCUGGAUGGUGAAGACCGGGGUUUCCAGCCACAGGCAGGACCUCCAGGGGCAAUUCCCUCACCGACGAAUGUAGAGGAAUGUAGCACAUUUGAGACUCUUUAGCCUCCUUUUCCUUCCUUUAUUAUGCUGAUCAAUCCAGGACAGAGAGAAGCACCACAGCCCUGUGCGUCAGUGCUUCACAGAGCCCCUAAAAAGAGUGCCUUCUAUUUCAAAACACAUUUUAAUUGAGGCUCUUUCAGUCAGUAUCGGUCUGAUUAGCAGUUAUAUAUGUUAUUUGUGUUUUUGCAAUGUACAGUUGUGCCCAAAAUCCUACCAAUGAUGUCUACAGUCCAACCUAAACUUACAUAUUUCAACUAACACAGCACACAUGUGAUGCAUUAAAUCAAUUUUAAAAAUUCCAGUUUGGAACAAACACAGUCUCUUAGGCGGGCCGCAGGACUGGAGCUCACGAGUACUGAGAUAGAUGAUACAGAUGUCUCAGGGGAUGUAGUUCAAGUUGCAUAUGCAUAUUUAAUGGCACGGCACACGUUUACCCUAUAGCUUCUUCAGAGCUCCUGUUUUAAUACCUCACAAUGAAGUAAGCGCACAGUUCACUUUCCCUUACCUGUCAAUGGAUGACCUCUGCUCCGCACAUGCCUUCACUCUUAGGAAGGUAUCAUAGAAAUGCAAAGAUUUAGACCUACUCAAGUUUUGCACUGUUAAACUUUUCGUCUGUUGUACUGUACAUGUUUUGGGUUGAUAGUUUGCACUGUUGUUUUCUGUUUGACAUUGCUAUUUUGUGGGUUCUUGUGGAUGGAUAGAAAAAGAAUCGUAUUUAUUGUAUUCACAAGUUAUGAAGCUGUUAGAGCUCUUCUUGAUGAUCCUCUUGGUGCUAAUCCUCAGGGUUCCUUGACUGCUACAUAUUUUAAUAUUGAGACACAGUCCCACUCAUGAUUUUUCUUUGCAAUAUGGCCUUUGAACAUUUUGAGUGUCAUUUGGAAUUUUAUACCACACUAUCACACAGAUAAAGGUCAAAUGUUUACAAGAAAAAAAAGAAAAAAAAAAAAGUUACAUUGAAUAACUAGAAAAAUGCACAUAACAUUACCCACAGGCCAACCUGUUACAUAUUGCUAGGCCUGUCACGA